AUGUCUGAAGAAAUACAAUCUGCUCAUUUUGGCGCAAGCAAAAAUCAAUUUACUUUACACACAGGGGUGAUUUAUUUGCAAGGAAACAGUCCUAUCUCAUUUUGUACCAUAUCACCAUCGCUUUCUCAUGAUCCUGGUGCGAUUUGGGCUCAUUUGAAACCGAUCAUUGAAUACGCCAAGGAAAGAUGUCAAAUGGCACGAGUCAUUCACUUUUUCUCCGAUGGACCUUUGACCCAGUAUCGCCAGAAAAAAAACUUUUAUUUAUUUAACAAAAUUAUUGGUGAAAGCAUCUUUGAUUACGGUACUCGGUCCUUUUUCGAAGCUGCGUAUGGCAAAGGCCUUGCAGACGGCGUAGGUGGUGCCGUUAAAAGGAAGCUAGACCAAUUGGUUGCUUAUAAACAUGAUAUACCAUCUGCAGAAGCUGCAUACGAUCUACUGAAAAAGCAAGAAACUGAAGUAAAAAUAUUUUAUGUUCCGGAAAAAGAUAUAACCGCUAUCCAAAAAACAAUACCUGAUAACCUAAUACCUCUGACAGGAACGAUUCAAGUUCAUCAGAUAAUUACACAAAACUGUGAUGGGUCGAUUUUUUAUAGUGAUGAAACCGUUACUAAAAAACGACCUGCAAAGGACCCUGAAAACAGGAAUAAUUCAGGCAAAAGAAAGAGAAAUACGGACUCUACAGACACAGAAGUGGACUCUGAUGUAACUUAUGCUGAAACCAGUGAAAGUGAAGGAUAUGAGAUAAGUGAAGAUCUAAGCAGUGAAGAUGAAAGAAAAUGUACGGAGGUUUAUGAUAAUAAGGAAAAGCUUAAGACAGAACAAAAAAGUAAGGAGAAUAUGUUCGUGGACAGAGAGAUAACAGAAAUGUAA